AUGAAUCCCCUCGAUGACGACCCUACCGAUUUCGAAGGCGUGCUGCCUGUGAUCCCGUCGGAUUCCCCUCCCGUGUACAAAGACACAAAAAGCAAUGCAGCAACCGGCGCCUCCGCCGCCGGGGUUCGAGCCUUCACCGCGCAGGCUGUGGCAUUCUACUUCCGUGCGCCGGUGAAAGCUUUCUUUCGAACCAGAGUGGAUUACCUCGCGUACGCCAAAAGCCUCAAUCCGGAUAUACAAAGUGGGCGGUGGUCAUGGAGGUCCACCACACCAGGCCUGCUGGCGACGGCGAUCAAACACUACGGUUGGCGCUUCGUGCCAGAGCAAUUGGCGCUGCCAUUGUUUGCGAACGUGGCCGUCGGAGCAGCGCUGUAUACGAGUUACCUGCAGAUAUUGGGCCUCCUGCAUGAGCCUUCGGCGCACGCCAGGAAAACAGUAUAUCCUCCUCCACCACCGCAGAGCACCUUUCUUGCUGGUUUCGCAGCAGGAUCUAUCCAAAGCGUUCUGGCAGCUCCCUUGGAUGCCCUUCAAGUCCGAUUCGAACGACGAGGGCCAAAGUAUGAAGAUAAGACUAUGUGGGAAUAUGGCAAGGGAAAGUUAAGAGAGAUUGGACUGAGAGGAAUAUUUGCGGGGUGGGGACUGAGCUUUUUGAAGGAUAGCUUCGGGAGUGGCAUAUUCUUUUGUACCUUUGAGUGGGUGAAGGCGCAGGGUUAUCAUGGCUAUGUGCAGUGGUACUACGGACACAGGCUUGCAGAAGGUUGGGAAGGAGAAGAACUUGGGACGAAGGAGAGAAAGCUCAUACAGACUGCAACGGACGAGCGAUCAGUGGCGAAAAGAGAGCCCGACGCGUUAGUGGUCAGGCCACAUUACGCCCUUGAACCGGCCUUUCUCAUGCUCGCCGGCAUUACCGCUUCUGUCACCCAGCAGGUCCUCCUCUAUCCUCUGUCGACACUCCAGACUCUUCACUACGGGCGCCUAGAAGAACUGGACAAAAAGGCCAUCAAACUCAACGCUGACAAUGUGCCACUGGCGAGACGUGGCCGAAUGUUGAGGGCAUACUAUCACGCCUACCAAGCGACUUGGAAACAAGCUCGCCUGCAAGCAGUGGCUGAAGGGGGGAUGAGGCGAUGGCUGUACAGAGGCUUCUGGUGGUUCACUAUUCGGCAGGUUCCGAGUACAAGUGCAGGACUGAUCAUCUUCGAAUUGGUAAGGAGGAAGUAUGGACAGGAGGGCUUAGGUGAUGAAGUCAGGAUAUCCAGCAAAGGGAAGUAUGAUAUCCUUCUUGUAUGA